UCCUUCCUGUUCCGACUCCUUGAGUGUAGGCGUCGCUAUGGUUACCGCAGGCCGCCGACACGGGUGAACGGAUUCCGGCGCAUUGCAGCUGGCAAUUCACCGAGACGCCGAGGAAAAUAACGUAUCACCAAGUGCGGUGUCCGUAAAGGAAGCGGCAGCGGCUGCAGCGGCAGCAGAACACGGCACCAUGAGCUUCACGCUGACCCAGAGCCUGCAGGGCAGGCAGAGGUUCAGGGCCGAGCGGCCUCACGACUACAUCUACGAUCCUCUAUAUGUGCUGUCUAGUGAGAAGGACCAUGUUAAGAUGUCCAUGAAGGCGUUUGCAUCCACAAACCAACUAAAAAAGGUACCUGAUUAUCAAGCGAUGUUCAGUAAUUUACAGCAUUUCCCAAGCUUUGUUCUGCAACUCGACCGCACCAACCCAGUCCCAAAGUUUAUGGAUCAACGCUGGAGAGGAUUUGAAGAGAAAAGACAAGAAACCAUCAAGCAACUGGCAAACUAUAACUCGUCCUUAAAAAUGCAGAUGCAAGCUCCGCCAGAUGCGGAAGUGAGUGGCAGAGGCCGGUACAAGUACUUCACAAGACCUAUUAUUCCCUUCGUGCAACAGCUGCCUGUGAAUGUAAUGAUGGAGAUGUCCAAGGAUGACACGGUGGCAGAUUUUGAGGAUUUUGAUUUUGAGUCUCCACCCAGGCGGAGUGUGGGGGUGCAGACCGACUACAGGGACAGUGAGACACAGACUGAGCCGUACUCUCCAGAAUAUGUUAUGCGCCCAGGCUCAGCCCCUGAGCUCCUCACCCUCGCUACUUUAAAAUUUGGCCAAGGUUUGCCAGCGGGCUUGGCAGAGGUGGAGAUGAUUCAACGGGCACGGGAAAAGCGGGCAUGGGAAGCUUCUCUCCCUCCGCUCGGCGAUCGCUGGCAACUGGAGAAGAGGAAGAAGAUGAUGGAGGAGAUGGAGAGAAACGAGUGGGCAUACCGGGAGGAAGAAAUUGAAAAGCUUCAGGAAAUCCGACUGGAUGUGCUGAAGAGCUUGUUAAGUCAACGUGAAGCCAAGCAACAGGAAAUGAAUGUGAAACGGAUUGACAUUCAGUGGUCCAAAUAUCAGCAGAAGAAGGCAGUGACAAUAAAGAAGAUCAGACUGGAACACAUCAAAGAAAUAAGAAAAUUAACAGCUAAGCGAAGAAAUGUGGAAGGGAGGCUUGAACAGCGUAGCCUCAUCAAGGACUAUGCAGAUUGUGGUUCACAGGUUUAUGCACCUAUUUCACGAAUUGGCCAGUUCCCAGACCAGAACUCGGAGCGGUUUGUUGUGAAGAGCCAUUUACUAUCCACGUACGAUGGUUUGCUAGAUUUGGAGGACGCAUUGCCUGACUUUGUUACUCAACCACGUAUACGGAUUCAGAGACCCAUACUUACAACAAAGGACGGCUUCUUGAAGUAUGCUGCUCGAAAGGAAUUGGAAUUGGCUAAACUUCACAAGGCAAUACAAGAUGCAAAAUGCAAAGGAGAAAAGGUGGAAAAGCCUCUGCGCUUUUUGUUCAAGAUUCUAAAACCUCCUCCUCGUCCUCCAACACCAACCGUUGAACCACCGCCUGAGGGAGAGGAAGAAAGCGAACUCGCUGUCAUUUAUCUGCAAAAAUUAUUACGAGGAAGGGCUAUUCAGAAUAUGAUGUUCGAGGGAAAGGAGAAACGUAUUGAGCUGCUUCAGGAACUCCGCACCACACACGCCCUCCAGGAAGACAGGCAGCUGGUGAAGGAAGCAGAAAAGCAGGCUAUACUCGCCCUGCAACAAGAACGAGACCUCCAGCAGCAAAAGCUUUCUGCAGAGGAAGACUUUCUCUCCCACGUGGAGGGCCAUGUGCUUGCAGACAUGUUUGACUUCCUGAACAAGGAGCUGCUGCGACUGCAGGAGGAGCGGCGCAUUCAUGCGAUAGUUAUGUUGGCGGAGCGGCGGCGCCGAAUCCGGGAGGCAGAGGAGAGCGGCUUGCGGCAAGUGGAGGAGAGGCGCAGGAGGGAGGAGGACGAGAUUUUCAAACAGGUGAUUAAAGUGCACCAGACCACAGUGGACUCUUACUUGGAGGACGUUGUGUUGAAAUCCAUGCGGAACACAGCAGAAGAGCAGGCACGCCAAGAGAUCCGCAAACUGGCCGACGAAAUCAAUGACGCCGCCUACGCUUCUGAGGAGAACCGGACGGAGCUGCAGUCAGAAGAGAUUGUUUCAGAAUUGGUCCAUCGUUUCCUUAUUCCAGAAGCAUACAAAAUGAUCUCGAGGGACAGAGUAAAAUUGUUCCAGAGUCGGCACCGACUGGCUGCUCACCGCAUUAUUCAUGAUGAGACCAAGCAGCUUAUUACAGUGACCAACGUUCCCGUGCCUCCACCCGAAACAGCCCCCAGGAAAGCUGCAACCGAUGUCAUCAAAUCUACCAUGAUCGAGGUGGAAGAGAGAAUGAAACGGGAUGGAUAAAUCAUAAAGUAUUUACUGCGAUGUUUCUGAAAAGAAGAAAUCUGGCUAGGUUGAAGACUUUCAUUUAAUUUUUGUGUUCUUAUUUUACAUACAAUUUAUCCACAAGGUCCUCCAAUAACCCAAUCCAUAACUAACGUGUAGAAAUCAAACUAUAUAUAGUACCAGCAUUGCGGUGCACUCACAACGAGAUUCAACGUGUAAAACACAACCAGCUCUGUCUGAACUAGAUAAAAGAACCUGAUUCAAGUAAUCACAUUUGCAAGAUCACUCUGUCGGGAACCACCUCUUUUGCCCCCCCCCCCCCCCCCCGCCAAACAUUGCUGACCACUCAUUUUAUUUAAUUCAAGACAUUGUCCUCCACCCAGCACUGUGAUCUCAUGCUGCUGUAAAUGCUGCAUUGCCCUCUCUCUGCACAAGAGGCGUUGCUUGAGAUCUCAAAAUGUUAUAGAAUUAGUGCUUUUAUUUUUCUGUUUACAUAAAUAUUUCAACUUAAAUUGCUUGAUAUUUCAAAAGAUUAACAGGUGGCAAAGACUAGGCUAACUCUGAAAGGUUUCCUGAGCAGUGUUUAUGGUGCCCCCUCUCAUAUGAUGAGAUUCUGUAAGCAGGCAGGGUCUCACCACUGGUUACAUCCUCCGAGUGAGUUGCCAAUAGGACAUCUGCAGAUGUUUGCAAAUAGCCACAGCACUGUGCAACUUGACCAUAUUCUGUUUUAGUAACGGCAUUCAAGAUUAUUUUGGGUUUACAAUUACUACACUGAAUUGAUGAGAUUUGCCAAGUUUUGAUUUUACUGUAAUUCCCAAGUCGCUCACAACUGAACAGCUCCAUCGUGGAGACGUAUGUUGAUUUCAUGCAAUGUUUUUCACUUGCAGCAUUAUCUAGUUUAAAUGCGUAACUUGUACUCUGCUGGUCCUCUGUUGAUAUUGGUAAUCAAUGAGAAUAACACCUAUUUGCUCCACAUGUUUCAAGCCCAUUUGCAACUUGUGGCGUGGUUACGCCUUCUUCAGUAAUCUUGCCAUUGCAGCAUUGAAAGAAUGCACUGCAAAUCACACGGGGGCAAAAUGCAGGGCAUUAGGUAGAAUUACAGACUGCAGAAUGCAUUUUAUCUUAAGCAUAAAUGACUGAUCAACUAAUUUCCUUAAAAAUAUGUGAGGUAGCACUCCAGUGCUUAGGGUGCUGUCAUUUACGGAUAUUUUGGAGAGGUUGCGUUACCAUUUGUUGCUUUUGGUGUUAGCUUUGAUGAUUAAAGUGUAUUUACAAUACUGUUGAUCACUGUUGUAUAAAAUUGAUCUGUAACAGUAAUCAAUGAAAGUGAUGGAAGAAUCCCACGUUGAUACAAAUGGAUUUUGGAAAUUUCAGUUUGAACACAAAGUCCACUUGAUCAGGCAGUUAAAAUCAUUUCAACUUGAUUCAAAUGUAUCUGCUUAACAUGUAAAUAAAAAGAUUGACUGUCAA